AUGGCUGGUCUCGGGGCUGGUUUAGGUUACGUCAUAGGAGCAAUUGAGUGGGAUGUCCCUGUGUUUGGAAAUAUUCUGGAAGGACAAGUAAUCGUCGUGUUCGCUAUCAUCACCGUUGUUUUCCUCGUUUUCCUGGUUACAUCACUAUGUGUCUUUCCCGAAUUACCACUUUCGGUCUUUAAAAAUCCAGAAACUCAUAAAGAAUAUAAAGAGAGAUAUUCGGACACUCCAGUACAAUAUGACACCGAAAUGAAUAACGUAGGCAAAACUCAAAAAGAAACGAUCAUGUUCUCUCAAGUGGAUGCAAUAGCAGAAAGGAAUGGUGAUUGUCUUGGAGCAGUUGAUUCAAUAACAAGUAUAGAGGAAGGGUUGCCACCAAGCUCCGAGGACAUCUCCCUGACACAACAUUUGAAAUCGAUAGUACGAAUGCCAAAAGCACUUUUCCGUCUAUGUUUGGUGAAUUUCUUCACGUGGAUGACUUCUGUGUCAUAUUGCUUGUAUUUCACCGAUUUUAUGGGCGAAUAUGUUUUCGGCGGCGAUCCCCACGCGCCACAGAAUUCUCCCGAGUACAUACUUUUCAAGGAUGGUGUUCGUUUCGGCUGUUGGGGGAUGGCGUUUUCGUCCCUCUUCUGUGCCAUCUAUUCUCUCUUCAUUGGAAAGCUUAUCAAAGAGUUUG